AUGAUUUCCAAGCAACUUGCAACAACAUCAACAAUCACAAGUAACUUGAGACAAACAAUCAGCAUGAGUUCGCAAGCACAGUUCUACGAAGCAUUACGUCGACAACAUGUCGUCGACCAUCGACAAUCACUCGCUGUUUCCAGACAAGUUCAACAAUCCAAAUAUCAAUCACGAUACAUCCCUGUCGGUGUACUCCGCGAAGAUGAUAUGUAUUUACCAUGGUCAUUUAAUCCAUUACGGCGAACAAAAGUAGCGCAUAGUGAGGAAAAUUUCUUUCAAAAAGAUCAACAAUAUCGACCACAACCAGUACCUUCGAAGGAACAUCAUGUUCAUUAUGGAAAACUUCCACAUCGUUUCACUUCAACUGACUAUAUUCAACAACGAUAA